GGGGUGGACACCCUGUUCUGCACCCAGGGACCCCCCAGCUGAGACCCUCCCAUUCUCCCUCGCCCCGCAGAUGGUCCCUGGGAGACGGCCGAGAGCUGCAUCGUGCGCACCUCCGCCAGCGUCUACCGCCGGCUGCAGGAGAGCCCGCGGCAGCCCCCGCGGGGCAUGAGCACCCGGGGACCCCCCCCGCGGCCCCCCAGCAGCCCCCCGGCCGGCGGGAGACUCCUCAAAUCCGAGUCGGAGGACUCCGGGGUGGAGAUGGCCAGCAACGAGCACUCGCCCUGCACCCCGCUGGGCUCCGAGAGCAGCUUCUCCCUCGACGGCUUCGCGGCGGAGAAUCCCCCCGGGGAGGAGCCGGGCCCGGAGCCCCCCUGCACCCCCCGGAGCCGCUCUGCCAGCAGGAAGCUGCUGCAGGCAGCGCAGCGGAGCAGGAGGCAGCGAUGCCCGCGACAGCUCAGCCGGCGCAGCGCCAGCACAGCCGACCUGGCGGAGCCCCCGCGGGACCCCCGGGAGCCCGAGGAGCCCGAGGGGGCGGCGGCCCCCGCGGCUGGAAGGGCUCGGCCGCCCGGCAGCCCCCGAGACCCCCGGGCUGUGCCCGACGGGCAGGGGCUGCGCUACCUGGAGCACGUCUGCCAGAUGCUGGAGCGCCUGGCGCGGCUGCAGCAGGACAACAGGAUCCUCCGGCAGCAGGCAGCCGAUGCCCGGCGCGCCCGCCCGGGCACUCUGCCCAGCCGGGAGCCCCCGAGGCAAGAUUCGGCGGCGUGGAGGGGUGAGGGGUUCCGGCCGCGCUCCUGCUCCGACAGCCAGGCACCAGCCCCCGAGCCGUGCCGGAGGAUGUGGGGGCACUCUGCCAGCUCCCCCAGCCUGCUGGACCCCUCCGAGAACGGGGCGGGUGCCCCGGCACCGGACAAGGACGGGCGCUCGCACUGGGGCCGGGUGAAGGUGCUGCUCACCCGCCUCACCCGCCGCUCGCUCCGGGGUGGCCGGUGCAGGUAGGACGGGGGACGGGUCCCGCUCCCACCGAUGCGCCUGGAUGGAGGGACCGCGCUGUGCUAUUGCGUCACACCCCGCCCUACGACGUCACGCCCGCCCGGGGCCGGUCCCCGGCGCACCCCCCCCCCCUUCACCCUUUUUUUUUCUUCCCCCCUCCUCCUCAAUAAAGUCUUUUCACUGAUAAAGAGGUGAGGUGCUGUCGCGCGUGACGUCACUCCCCCCUCAACCCGCCGUGACGUCACGCGAGGGCGCGUCACGGCCGCAUCACUUCCGACGGCUUUUUCCGCCCCUUUUGUCCGACCGGGCCCGUUCCCACGGGCCGUUCCAGCGGCUGCCGCCCCCCCUUCGAGCCCCCUCUCUCCGAGCCCCCUCCCCCGGGUCCCUCCCUGACCCUCCUCCCAGCUCAGCCCCGGGCCUGGGCAGGCUCCCGGGGGGGGGUUCGCUGCCUCGGGAGGGGGGUAAAGCUUGUCCUUCCUGCCAGACCUCCCCCUCCAACACCCUGCUCCCCGCUAGCUGCCGGUGGGGAGGGCGCGCCGGAGCUGGGGAGGGGUGGGGAUGAUGCUCCCGGGCUCGUCGCGGGUGGGGAGGAAGGAGCGGGUGUCCCUCGGGGUGGUACCCAGCCCGCAGGGGUGUUUUGGGGGUGGGUGAGGAGGGGGUCGGGCCGGGGGUGAUGCUGUUUUGGCGCUGCUGGAGCCCCUCAUCGUGUCCACGGGUCGGGUCUGGCAGGAGAGGAAUACGCAGGUGGUCUCCAACCAGCGGCGAAUCCCGCAGCCUCUCCAGAGCCCCCCCCGGCACCGCUCCCACCCGCACACCCCGGGGGCAUCCUCGGAGCUCCGAUCUCCUCCAUCCCACCGCUCCUUCCCGGGAAACGACCCAGGUGAGGAGGAGGAAGAGGGAGGUCUGAGCCUUUCUCUCCCACCCCGGGAUCACCCAGAGCACAGGAAAAUCAAGGUGUUGACCCAGAUGGAAUUCUCCUCCCCAGCCAGUGUGGAGACUACGCAGAGAGAAUCCCUGGGAAUGCUGGGGUUAAGUUUCCAUGGGUGAGAUCCCUCUCCCUGAGGGCAGGAGGAGCAGGAGCUGGGAUUUGCCAGCUCUGGAUGAAGUGGGAUGCUGGGGAUGAGGUGGACGGGCAGGUCUGGCUGCCCUGCCCAGGGUGACAGAGUGACACAAACCAAGCCACCAGGUGGGGUUGAAUCCAGUGAGGAAUCAACACUUCCAGGCCACGGAGAGGCUGCCACGGACUUUUUGCCUGCUUGGGAGCCAUCCCAAGGUCUGCAGGGCUCAAGAUCCCGCCAGGAGAACGUGCCCCUUGCUCAGAUCCCAGGGGAAAACGUGCCCCUGCUCCUGCGUGGCAGUUAAAUACAUAUAAAUAUAUAUAUUCUAUAUAUUUAGCAUCCCUGCUCCGGGUAA